AUGUCCUCUCAGUCACCAACCGCAGACCAGUCCGCAGCAAUCCCUGCGAUCCUUCUACAAGAGGCCGCCGCCGCCGCCGCCGCGAACCAAGAGGAGGACGGCGCAGAUAAGGAGAAGAAUGCGAUUUCCUCGUCAGAAGGCCAUGUACGGCAUCACGGCGGGAUAUCUCCCCAUUUUGACGACGUUCCGCCCCCAGCAUUCAAUGGCGCAGAAUAUGGUCAACUAGACAUCAGCCAAAAUGGCCUGGACACUGGGGCUCAGAUUGCCAGCGAUGGAAGAGUCAAUAUAAAAAUCAACCAGCGCAACAGAAAGCUGUCAAACCUCCUGCUUCCCGCUCUGCGUCGUCAGAUGGAACUGGAAAGACACAAAGCAGAGCCAGAGAUUCCUGAGGGCCUGGGCGAAACCGAUGGACUCCCACCACCACCUAUGAACAUCGUCAUCCAAAUCGUGGGCAGCAGAGGCGAUGUUCAGCCUUUUGUUGCCCUCGGCCAGGUGUUGAAAGCAAAGUAUGGCCAUCGUAUCCGCAUAGCCACCCAUCCUACCUUCAAGCAGUUCGUCACCGAGAAUGGUCUGGAAUUUUUCAGUAUAGGAGGUGAUCCUGCCGAACUCAUGGCCUUCAUGGUCAAGAAUCCUGGCUUGAUGCCGGGUUUUGACUCCCUCAAGAGUGGUGAUGUUGGCAAGCGGAGAAAAGGCAUUUAUGAAAUCAUCUCUGGCUGCUGGCGCUCCUGCAUUGAAGCCGGUGAUGGUACUGGCGUGCAAGUUUCCGAUGACAGCAUGGAUGCCCGCAGUUUCGACAGUGCCGUAUCCUUCGAUGUCGAUCCAGCAUUGAAGCCUUUCGUGGCCGACGCUAUUAUUGCAAAUCCCCCAAGUUUCGCCCAUGUACACAUCGCCGAGAAACUGGGCAUCCCGCUGCAUCUCAUGUUCACAAUGCCAUGGUCGCCAACACAAUCUUUUCCGCACCCUCUCGCCAACAUCAUAUCUUCCAAUACCGAUCCCAAUAUGGCCAACUUCGUCACCUAUGCUCUUGUCGAUAUGCUGACUUGGCAAGGUCUUGGUGAUGUAAUAAACAGAUUUAGGGAGCGGAGCCUAGGCCUCGAGCCUAUCAGCAUUAUGUGGGCUCCUGGGAUGGCCAGUCGACUACGCAUCCCCUGGACUUAUUGUUGGUCUCCUGCUCUAAUUCCAAAGCCAGCUGAUUGGGGUCACUAUAUCGAUAUAUCUGGCUUCUACUUUCUCAAUCUGUCGUCAAAUUACACUCCACCAAAGGAGCUGGCUGACUACCUAGCUGCAGGCCCUCCCCCGGUAUAUAUCGGUUUUGGCUCUAUUGUCGUUGACGACCCAAAUGCCAUGACUAAAAUGAUCUUUGAAGCUGUAAAGAAGACCGGCCAACGAGCCCUAGUCUCAAAAGGCUGGGGAGGUCUCGGCGCUGACGAGUUAGGUAUUCCUGAAGGAGUCUACAUGCUUGGCAACUGCCCUCACGACUGGCUUUUCCAGCAUGUCUCUUGCGUUGUUCAUCACGGUGGUGCAGGCACCACCGCAGCGGGGAUUCUGGCCGGCCGUCCCACCGUUGUCGUUCCCUUCUUUGGUGAUCAACCGUUUUGGGGCUCUAUGACAGCUAGAGCCGGAGCAGGACCUAUGCCUGUCGCUUACAAGAAUUUGACAGCUGACAAGCUUGCAGAAUCUAUCAAGGAAGCUUUAAAACCCGAAUCACUCGAGCGGGCCAAGGAGUUGAGCCAGAAGAUCAAAGCUGAAGAUGGUACAGAUGCAGGGGCAAAAUCAUUCCACAAGCAGCUACGCCUCUCAGAUCUGAGAUGCUCUUUGUUGCCCUCACGUGUUGCUGUCUGGCGUGUUAAAAGAACAGAUAUCCGCCUUUCAACACUCGCUGCAACCGUACUUGGAAGUGAGGGUCUUCUCGACUUUUCUGACCUGAAACUUUAUCGGCCUCGAGAAUACGAAACUGAGGAUGGUCCUUGGGAACCAAUUUCAGGUGGGGCUGCUGCUCUUAUUGGCACGAUUGGUAACCUCUCGAUGGGGAUUGCCGACUUUCCCGUAGAGAUCCUGAAAUCAUUGAAAAGUGCGAGUGGUGAGCUUAAAGAUAUUCACGAGAAGAGACGAUCGACUAGUGGCAGUCCCAGUCCUGUGUCAACAUCACAACACGGCUCCGCUCAAGACUUAAGCAGGGGGCUAGUGACUUCACCUAUAUCAGAGACGCCUCCCACUUCACCCGAAGGCCGAGACGAUGUCUCUAACAGAAUGUCUGCAAUGUCGAUGGUCAUGUCGUCAGAUGGUUCAUCCCGGCAGCAUUCUCAUCGCCGCCACUCGAGGCAUGGCUCUCGAUCAGGAUCGCGAUCAGGAACUCCAAGGGAACAAUCGCCGUGUCCAAUUGAUGAAGUAAGCCAGGUGACGUUGGAAACUGCGAUCAGUGGGGCGAAAGCUGCCGGACGGAUUGUUUCAGCCGGCGUCAAAUCUCCCAUGGACUUUACGUUAUCAUUGGCAAAGGGCUUUCACAAUGCACCCAAACUGUAUGGAGACCAAACCGUUCGCAAGAGUGAGAAAAUUGUCGAUCUCCAGUCUGGCUUGAAAGCAGCCGGCAAAGAGUUCGGCUACGGAUUUUAUGAUGGUAUAACAGGCCUCAUCACUCAGCCUCUGGCCGGUGCAAGGAAGGAAGGCGCUGCUGGCUUCAUCAAAGGAGCUGCAAGAGGCUUUGGUGGUUUGAUCCUCAAGCCUGGUGCGGGCAUCUGGGGUCUUCCGGGAUACACCGCCAAAGGUAUAUAUGCGGAAAUAUCGAAGCACUUCGGCAGCUCCGUUCAGAACUACAUCAUUGCAGCACGUACGGCACAAGGAUUCGAGGAUUGGAAAUCCAGCACACCAGAGGAAAGAACACAAAUAGUCGAAGCUUGGAAAUCCACCAAACUGGAAACAAAGAAGGGAGGCAAGCUUUAUGGAAACGAGCGCAAAGAGGCCAUUGAGAGUCAUAUUCUCACUAAAUCUCACAGUAAUUCUGUGGAACUCAUUCACGGUUUUAAGAACACCAGGCACCUUAGCUGGGACGAGCGAAAAGCUCUGUCCGAUCGUAAGGCGCAGCUCAAGAAAGAGGAGAAAGAACUUCUACGCAGGGAAAGGAAAAUCAGAAAUGCGGAGAAGCAUAAAGGCAAAGUCAAGAGUAGAUGCAAGUUCUGCCCCUUCGACCAUGAGAGCGGUCAUCAUCUUAAGCACACUAGCUCUUCUUCGACUUUGGGGAACUCCCAUUCGCGAGACAGUCUAGACGACUAUGAACAUGCCAUUAACACUUCAAUCAAUGCUACAAGCAAGGGCAACCCUGAGGAGGACGCUGUCAUCGAGCGGGCACUCCGGGCUAGUCUUCGAGAAUUGAAGAAUGCAGGCCAGCAAGGAGAGGAGCAUUCGGACGAAGUUUAUCAAUCAGCCAUAAAGGCCAGCAUGCAGGAAUACAAGAAGGCACAUGCAGAAAAAGGGCAAGAGACUGGAGUAGUCUCCGUUGCACCAGAAGUUCACGAACACGAUGAGGAACUAGAGCGUGUCUUGACUCAAAGCCUUGAGGACUAUAAGAAAAAGACUGGCGGCCAGCCGCCAAAACUCCCUCCUCGCAACGAGACUCAUUGGGAGGAUGACAGCGACUCUGGAGUCGAUACCGACUUUGAUGUGGAAUUCGAGCGCGCAGUUGAGGAAAGCAAGCAGCUUCACACCCAGAACGAACAGAAGAAGAAGGACCUUGCCCAACGAGAAGCCGCUCUGCUCAGCGAUGGCAAUGCCAACGGGAAUGCAGUACCUGCUCCACCCACGAACGCCACUUUUCAAGAUGCAAAACACGACGCGGAGCUCCAACGAGCCCUUACCGCGUCUUCGGAAGAGGAGCACCGUCGCCUCGGUGCCCUCUCCAAGCAGAAGACCGAGGAAGAAAUUGUGCUCGAGUAUGUCAAAAAGCAAAGUCUCCUGGAGGAGGAGUUGAGGCAGAAGAAGGACGAGGCGGCGGCAGCGGCGAAGGACGCUCCUUCUGCAACAGUUUGA